ACCAUAAAACAGACACUACGCACAAAAUUAUUCCCGCCGCGUGGCUCGUAGUUCGUGGAUCGUAAUUUUGCGGUUUGGUUAUAAAUCCCGCCAUAUCCGCGUUGAUAGACGAAAUUUAAUAGCAUUUCGGGUUUACAAGAAAUGAAAAAGAAAAUCGUGUGCAACAUUUAGCAAGUUGAAAACAAGAUAUGGCAAACGUAUCUCUUGACAAAGAAACGUUUUUUCGACGCAUGAAGCGUCUUUAUGCUGCGUGGAAGGAUGGAGAAGCGGGUACUGAUGACAGUUUUAGUAAAAUGGAUUGCCUUGUUUCUGCAGUCGGUACAGAUGAGGAUAUCGUCUAUAGUAAAUCUACAGCAUUGCAAACAUGGUUACUCAGUUACGAGCUUACAGAUACAAUAAUGGUUUUGGCUGAAGAGGUUAUUUAUUUUUUGGCGAGUAAAAAAAAGAUUGAGUUCUUACGAAAAGUUGAAAACCAGAAAAUAGAAGAUACAGGCGUGCCUCCAGUUAUGUUACUUGUUAGAGAUAGAGGUGAUGAAGACAAAGCAAAUUUUGCCAAACUUAUUGAGAUAAUAAAGCAGAGUAAGAAAGGUAAAACAUUGGGUGUAUUUUCAAAAGAAAACUAUCCAGGUGCCUUCAUGGAUGCAUGGAGAGCAUCUUUAAGAUCUGAAUCUUUUGAUACGGUUGAUGUAAGCGCUGCUGCAGCAUAUGUAAUGUGCCCAAAGGAAGAAAGUGAGAUUCUAACCAUAAAAAAAGCUUGUUUGGUGUCUGUCGAUGUUUUUACAAAGUACCUUAAGGAUCAAAUUAUGGAAAUUAUUGAUUCCGAUAAAAAAGUCAAACAUUCAAAACUAGCAGAAGGUGUGGAUACUGCUAUAACAAAUAAAAAAUAUGUUACCGGAGUUGAUGUAACUCAAGUUGACAUGUGUUACCCAGCUAUUAUACAGAGUGGUGGAAACUAUUCCUUGAAGUUUAGUGUAGUUAGUGAUAAAAAUACUCUCCAUUUUGGUGUGAUUGUUUGUUCUUUAGGAGCACGUUAUAAAUCUUACUGUUCAAAUAUAGUUAGGACAUUAUUAGUUAAUCCUACAAAGACAAUAGAGGAUAAUUACAACUUUCUUUUACAAUUAGAAGAAGAAAUAUUGAAAAAGCUUGUUGCUGGUACAAAAUUAAGUGAUGUAUAUGAAACAGGUGUAAAAUUUGUUAAGGAUGAAAAACCUGAUAUGUUGGAUCAUUUGACUAAGAACUUCGGAUUUGCAAUGGGUAUUGAGUUUAGAGAAAGUUCAUUAUUGCUAGGUCCAAAAACGCAUGCUUUGGCAAAAAAGGGUAUGGUAUUUAACAUCAAUGUAGGUUUAGGCAAUCUUUCAAAUCUAGAUGCCACUGAAAAAGAAGGGAAAAUUUAUGCCCUUUUUAUUGGUGAUACUGUCAUGGUCAAUGAGGGCCAGCCUGCUACAAAUUUAACACCUUCCAAGAAGAAAGUAAAGAAUAUAGGUAUAUACGUUAAAGACGAUGAAGAAGAAGAGGAAGAAGGCAGUGGUAAAGAGAAUGAACAUAAACCUGAAAUAUUGGGUAGAGGUAAAAGAACAGCUGUUAUAGAGUCAAAAUUAAGAACAGAACAUAGCUCAGAGGAAAAAAGAAAACAACAUCAAAAAGAAUUGGCUCAACAAUUGAAUGAAGUUGCUAAAGCACGAUUGGCUCAGCAAUCUGGCGGAAAAGAACAAGAAAAAAUACGUAAAUCAACUGUAUCAUAUAAGAGCUUAAGCCAUAUGCCACGUGAGCCAGAAGUGAAAGAGCUAAAGUUAUAUGUUGAUAAAAAGUACGAAACCGUAAUUUUACCAAUUUUUGGUAUUCCUGUACCUUUUCACAUAUCAACAAUCAAGAACAUUUCUCAGUCUGUUGAGGGUGACUACACUUAUCUUAGAAUAAAUUUCUUUCAUCCUGGUGCAACGAUGGGUCGUAAUGAAGGAGGCUCGUAUCCACAACCUGAUGCAACUUUUGUAAAGGAAGUAACAUAUCGAAGUACAAAUACCAAAGAACCUGGUGAAAUUUCUGCUCCCUCGUCUAAUUUAAAUACAGCAUUUAGAUUGAUUAAAGAAGUUCAAAAAAAAUUCAAGAAUAGAGAAGCAGAAGAAAGAGAAAAAGAGGAUUUAGUAAAACAAGAUACAUUAAUACUUUCACAAAAUAAGGGUAACCCAAAGCUAAAAGACUUAUACAUUCGACCAAAUAUUGUUACUAAAAGAAUGACAGGAGGCUUAGAAGCUCAUACUAAUGGGUUUCGAUAUACUUCUGUAAGAGGCGAUAAAGUUGACAUUCUUUAUAAUAAUAUUAAAAAUGCUUUCUUUCAACCCUGCGAUGGAGAGAUGAUAAUCCUUCUUCAUUUUCAUUUGAAGCAUGCUAUUAUGUUUGGUAAAAAGAAGCACGUGGAUGUGCAGUUUUACACAGAAGUUGGUGAAAUCACCACAGAUUUAGGGAAACAUCAGCAUAUGCAUGAUCGUGAUGAUCUUGCUGCAGAACAAUCUGAAAGAGAACUUAGGCACAAAUUAAAAACAGCCUUUAAAAGUUUUUGUGAAAAGGUCGAAGGUAUGACGAAACAGGAAAUAGAAUUUGAUACACCUUUUAGAGAAUUAGGAUUUCCUGGUGCCCCAUAUCGAAGUACUGUACUUUUACAACCUACUAGUGGAUGUUUAGUAAAUCUCACAGAAUGGCCUCCCUUCGUCAUUACAUUGGAAGAUGUUGAACUUGUUCACUUUGAAAGAGUACAAUUUCAUUUGAAAAAUUUUGAUAUGAUUUUUGUUUUCAAAGACUAUCAUAGAAAAGUUGCUAUGGUUAAUGCCAUUCCAAUGAACAUGCUGGACCAUGUCAAAGAGUGGUUAAAUUCCUGCGAUAUUAGAUAUACAGAAGGUGUACAAUCUUUAAAUUGGACAAAAAUUAUGAAGACUAUAACAGAUGAUCCAGAAGGAUUUUUCGAUAGCGGUGGGUGGACAUUUUUAGAUCCAGAAAGUGAUGCUGAAAAUGAAGAGGUUGAAGACGAAGAGGAAGAAGAAGAUGAUGCUUACGAGCCAUCUGAUCUAGACAGUGAAGAAGAAUCUGAUGAUGAUUCAGAAUAUUCAGAAGCAUCUGAACAUUCCGAUAGUGAAGAGGAAGAAUUGGGUAGUUCAGAAGAAUCUGGUAAAGAUUGGUCAGAUCUAGAACGAGAAGCAGCUGAAGAAGAUAAAGAAAGAGGGGAGGGACGUUAUCGUGACGAUUACAAUUCAAGUAAAAAAAAGAAAUCGAGUCGUAGACAAUCACCUUCACCAGCAAAAGACAGGCACAAUUCGAAACACAAAAGUUCUAGCAAUUCCAAAAGCAAAAGUUCAUCGAGCAGUAAAGAUAGAAGAUCAUCGGAUAAACACAGAACGGAUCGAUCGCGGAGUGGAGGAUCACACAAGAAAGUGUCUCCUUCUAAAUCAUCUAAACACAGCCCCAGAAAAAGUGAUAAGCACGAUAAACAUGAUAAACACAAGUCAUCGCACUCUUCUUCCAACAGUAAAAAGCGGUCACGGGAAGACAGUGUAGACAGAAGUGACAGGGGGUCCAAAAAAUCUAAGAAGUGAAUCUGAAAGGGAACUGUGUAUUGAAAAUAGAACACUUGUAUGAACUCACAUACGUGUUGGACUUAAGUGAAGCUUUGUCAUCUCUGGUUUGGAAAGUAGACAGUAUGCCUAUAGGGAUAGUACAUUUUCUUGCAUUGAAAACACCUUUUUAAGGUGUUCAAAUACGUGUAUACGUGCUGAUGUUGAAUCCAACAUACACAACAGCAACAAUAUAACGGAAGCCAAUUGAUGUAAAGUUGUAUGCAAACAAAUUUUUGUUAUUGGUCAACAAUUGUACAUAAAAGUAUAGUUUUUACCUCUAAUAAACAUAUACAGUCAGAUAUGUAUACAUCGUACCUCAA